AUGGGGAGGUUGACGUCGUACUCGAUCUGGCUUGCAACCUACAAGGUUCCGACCUUUCGGAGUUCAGACGCAAUUCAUGAUGAGGGAGCUGCGGCUCGCGACUUGGUCGCAAAAGGCUAUGUCGUGUUCCCGGCAGACACCGAGUGGGAUUCCAAGGCAAAGGGAGGGAAGGGACGGAAAGAAAUGAAGCCCCCAACAAAAUGGCAGGCGUCCACCUUAGCCAACUGCCUGACCAACCACUUCUUCCAGCCCCAUCACAAUACGCUGCUGAUCAACACGGCGGCGUCUGGUAUCCUCGUGCUGGACUUUGACCUCGGUGACGGGGGCAUGGAGCAGCUAGCAAUUUGGGAGAUAGAGCACGGCGCGUUUGAUGCUCCUCGAGUGCGUACGGGCAGCGGGGGGGUGCACAUCUACUUCUCUCAUCAGAGAAGCCUUGAGUCGGGGCUGGGCGCAGAGACACCGACCCACUUUGCAAAGCUAGAGCUAAGAGUCCGAGACCCGGACUCUGGAAAGGCGGUUUUGAAGAAGGUGGGAGUCGACAUGAGGGGUGUUAGCUCAAACGGCAUGAUCGCAUGCCCCCGGUCGUGA